AUGGAUCUCCUUGACGAAUUGGGCGACCUGCCCACUGUGCGCAGGACUUUCAAGGCGGCUAGCAAGGAGACCGACUUUACGCAGUUCAGUAUAUUCCAAGAUGCCACGCAGGAAGUUUCACAGUCCACGCAGGUGAUUGAGCAGGAGAAAUCCAGUAGUUUUGGGCUGCUGGGAAUUGACUCGGGGUUCAUUGGGGCGGUGAUGAAGCGACUAAAUGGCGAAAAGGAGGAGACUACAGAGAAGGCUAUUGACACUGAAGACGAGGCGACACCAGAAAUCGAGCCUCGGGAACGCGACAAAACCCAGCAUACACCUAUAAUUGAAAAGCCCGUUAUCGAGGUACCCACCACGCAACAGGCGGAUGAAAUAUUGCGUGCCGACAGCGACGAGGCCGAGGGCCACGAGGACACACAGGAGUUUGUUCCAGACCGUCAGAUCAACCCUGAAGACGAUAUCAUUGCUGCAAUACCAGACUACGACAAGCUAAGCGUGCAGGACAAGAUCCAAGCCCGUAUCAACGAGAAGCGGCGCCGAAGAGAGCUUGCGGAACAGCAGAAGGAGGCUCCUGUACCUGUUGCAGUGCGUGAAGAACGGAAAAAGGCCAUCAAUCCGCUCGUUGAGGUGGUGAAGCAGAAUGAGCUGAUUAAAAAGUCUGCUUUCACAGUGAAGAAGCAGAACGCGUCGAAAUUCGAUCCGAAAAAGCUGGUAGAGGAAUUCAUGGAUUCAGAUGAGGACCCCUUUUCCCAGACCGCCCGAGACACUCCCCAGACAUCGCCCAAGGCCGAUAAUCCGCCGGAGGCCGCAGAGCUGCAGAAAGGAGAAAUGGUCGAGCUAGACUCCGACUCCGACGAUGAUCUUGCGCAAAUCAAGUUUGGUGCAUCAAAGAAGAGUGUUUUUGAGGUUCGUCGCAAACUCUGCAGAAAAGCGCGUCCUCCUCCGGUCACGUUGAAGAAACUGAUCAGAGAAGAAAAGCGGCGUCAGAUGCAGGCUCUGGGCCGCAAGCACGUGGAAGUCGUGGUGGAAGAGAAGGAGGACGAGAUCAUGAAGAUGAUGCAGGACGAGAUCGAGCGCAACAAACGAUUGAGGGAACGCGAACGCGAUGCGGCCGAGCGUCGGAAGCGAGAGAAGGAGAGACUGCUUAAAGGUGAGAUUAGUGAGGACGAGAGUGAUUUAGACUACGACGGGGAGGAAGAGGAGGAAGAGGAGGAAGCAGAAGAUGAACAAGAGGAGACCGAGGAAAGAGAAGAGAGGAAGGAGCAAGAGGAGCAAGAGGAGCAAGAUGCCGGGGAGAUGGCACGGUCCACCGAUCCACCAAAGUCGCCGGCAAUCACCUUUGAGCUGCAGACUCAGGAUGUCAACUCGAAAACUUUUGGGCCCCUGUCGCUGUCUGAUGCGUUUGACCAGACUUUACCCAAGAAGUACGACGGGAUGAGCUCUUUGGAUGUGAUGAAGCGUCUUGGCGAAGCUGCGGACGAGACAAUGAACACGAGCAUCAGCGAAACGACAGACCGCCAGGACGAGAGCGCAGUCGUUACCGAGAACUUCCAGCUGGGCACGUUGCCGGUUGACGAGCCAGACGUGCCGAAAACCAUACUUGAGAGUCAGAACUUUCUGCCAGAUACACAGGAUGACGAGUCGGAGGCUGUUCGGGAGGCUGUUCGGGAAGCCAAGCGGCUUGCUGAGCAGAAACGAAGGCAACGCGAGCGGGAGCUACAGAGCAAGGGCCUGAACCAGAUCAUGGAGAACGAGGCCGAGGAGUCUGAGGACGAGUGGCAGGGGAUGGGAGGCCGCGACGGCGAGAUUUCCGACGAGGAAAACAGCGAGGAUGAGAAAAUGCUGAACGACGCUGCGAUAGACGUGAACAGCGACGCGAUCCGCGAGGCCCUGUUAAGGAACGAAGUCGCUGCGGACGACGAGAUGGUCAAGAAGAUAUACAAGGAUAUCAAGACCGGCGCGUUCAGAAAGCGGCGCGCACGUGACGGGGCGUACGAGCUGGAGCUGAGCGACGACGAAGACCAGCAGAUCCUUGAGUACUACAACCGGCGUCGUCUGGAGCAACAGCGGCAGCAGAUGAUGCAGAGCAAGGACGUCAAGGAGCUCGCUAAGGAUAGCAACCGCAAGGCGUUCUUCGACACCAUCAUGGAGACGGAGAAGAGCAGCUACCAGUUUGAAGAGGAGCCGGAGGAUCCUGAAGAGGAAGAGAACGGGGGCGAGCACGACGACGACGAGGAGACUCUGGUGAUGCCUAAAAGGCGGAAGAUCACGAGGGACCAGGUUCGGUCUAUGAUCUCGUUCCUGGAAGACGAGGAAAAGCCUCAGGACGCAAUUUACAUAGACGACGACGGACACGAGGAAAUCAAGCAGAUGCGCGAAAGCUCUGUUGUGCUGGCCGAGCGGACAGAGACGCGGCGGGUGGAAGUCCGCGAGGAGGACGAGGACGAAGACUUCGGCAUUCUCGCGAGAAAAUCGAUCACCUCGAGCUUCCGGAUGAGCUCGCUCAAACGUGAACGCAAAGCACACGAAGUCAACGUGACGACGAGCUCCAAGACCGUUGGAGACGGCCGUGGAGCCGUUACUUUCCUGACAAAGGCCCCGCGUCUGCUCAAGCCCAAGGAGGCCCGCAUCGAGCAGACACUGCACAAGAGACAGCUCAAGGUAAAGGGCGGCGAGUGGAAAACAGAGUGA